AUGUCGGGCAAGCUCCAGCGGGAGAGCCUUAAUGGGAGCGAGAUGGGAAACAAGCAGCCGAGCGGGCAAGGCAAACCUGAUGACACCAACGCGAGCCUAGCAUUUUUGCGGACUGACGAGAAGGCACUGGAGGAGGCGCCCGGAGUGGACCUGCGGGCGGUGCCAACAGAGAACUCCGGUAGGAAAGUCAUGAUCGCUUGGAUCAUCUUCUCGUUGGGGAGCUUCGGCUUCAUGCUAGUGGCGUCAUGCCCGGUGCCGUGGCUGAGAGACCGCCAGGGAGGCAAGUGGACCCUCUGGAGGGAUGUAAAUGGAACUCCCUGGCGCAUGAUCGAGUGUGACCAUAGGCGCCAGAUGUUCCAGGCGAUGGAAGCGUUCACGAUCCUUGGAUGUCUGCUGAGCCUUGCUAGCCUCCUCGCCGGUAUACUGCAGAUAAAAGGCCGUGGUCACCUUGGCGUGACGAUACUGCUCGGCUCCUUGACAGUGUUGGUGGCGCUGGCGGACUGGGCGCUCCUUGUGAACGAGUACUACAAGUACAGCUGCCUCGGCCAGAUAGCAUACGCGGCGGGCGUCAAUCGCCUCAACGCCGGCUUCAUACUUGUCCUCUUUUCCUUUCUGCUGAUGCUCUUCGGCGUUAUCACGCUGGGACGCUGGAUGAAUACAACCUUCAGCCUGUCGGAGGUGCAGUGCGCCAAGUAUAGCAGCCCUGCCCUCACUAGCGCCUUUAUUAGCGGCUGCGUGCUGAUGAUCGCGACUGUAGGGACGACACAAACCAUGUGGGUGCAUUACGACACGACGACAUCGCUGAAGAUUAAUUACUGGAACAUCGAGAUCUACCACCGCAACGUGAGCCUGUCGGAGAUCUGGCCGCUGAGCUCGUACCAUUGCACACAGUUCACUUUGCGGAUGCUCAUUAGUGCCACCUUUUCCAUCAUCAGUGACGUGCUCCUCCUCUUCACAUUUCUGUUCACCGUUGCAGCCGUGUACAAACACCCGUGCAAGUGGAUCGCGGUCGUCCUCGGUGUUACCUCAUGGGUUUUCCUACUGGUGUGCUGGGCGAUCGCGAUCUCCGUGCGCCACACGACACUCUGCACGUCGGGCGUGGUGCCGCCAAGCACUGCCAUCUACGGUGCCCCGCUCGACACCGUCGAGCAGCAGGUGAGCUUCAAGGGCUUCGUGAUCACAGACGGCCUGGGCAUGAUCAUCUCGGCCUGGUGCUUCACGACGGCGAACGUCAUCUACCUUGCAGUCAAGGGUUAA